AAGUGUUGUAGUGGGGUUUUAGAGAGCGGGCUUGAGAGCCAGGGCAUACAGUCCAGUUCUUUCCGUGUUUGACACUUGUACGGUAGGAGCCAUGCAGCUGGAUAAUGUUACCAAUGCUGGCAUCCACUCCUUCCAGGGGCACCGUGGAGUUGCCAACAAGCCCAAUGUGAUCCUGCAGAUAGGGAAAUGCAGGGCAGAAAUGUUGGAGCAUGUCAGGAGGACCCACCGGCACCUCCUGUCUGAGGUCUCCAAGCAGGUGGAGCGCGAGCUGAAAGGCUUGCAAAAAUCAGUGGGGAAGUUAGAGAACAACCUAGAAGACCAUGUCCCAACUGACAACCAAAGAUGGAAGAAGUCCAUCAAGGCCUGCCUGGCCAGGUGCCAGGAGACCAUUGCCCACUUGGAGAGGUGGGUCAAGAGAGAGAUGAAUGUUUGGAAGGAGGUGUUUUUCCGUCUGGAGAAAUGGGCAGACCGCCUGGAGUCCAUGGGAGGCAAAUAUUGCCCUGGGGACCAUGGCAAGCAGACUGUGUCUGUGGGGGUGGGAGGCCCAGAGAUAAGGCCAAAUGAAGGGGAGAUUUAUGACUAUGCCCUUGAUAUGAGCCAAAUGUAUGCGCUGACCCCUCCACCUGGGGAGGUGCCCAGCAUCCCCCAGGGCCAUGAUUCCUACCAGUGGGUCUCUGUGUCAGAGGAUGCUCCAGCCUCCCCAGUGGAGACGCAGAUCUUUGAGGAUCCCAGGGAGUUCCUGAGUCACUUGGAGGAAUACUUGAAGCAGGUGGGUGGAACAGAAGAGUAUUGGCUCUCUCAGAUUCAAAACCACAUGAAUGGCCCAGCUAAAAAGUGGUGGGAGUACAAGCAGGACUCUGUAAAGAACUGGGUUGAGUUCAAGAAGGAGUUCCUGCAGUACAGUGAGGGUACUCUGACUAGGGAUGCUAUCAAAAGGGAGCUGGAUUUGCCCCAGAAAGAGGGAGAGCCUCUGGACCAGUUCCUGUGGCGCAAGAGAGACCUGUACCAGACUCUCUACGUUGAUGCAGAUGAGGAGGAGAUUAUCCAGUAUGUGGUAGGCACUCUUCAGCCCAAACUGAAGCGCUUCCUGAGCUACCCCUUGCCCAAAACUUUAGAGCAGCUCAUCCAAAGAGGAAAGGAAGUUCAGGGCAACAUGGAACACUCUGAAGAGCCCAGCCCACAGAGGACCCCUGAGAUUCAGUCUGGAGACUCUGUGGAGAGCUUGCCACCCUCCACCACUGUCAGCCCUGUGCCCAGCAAUGGGACACAACCUGAGCCUCCCAGCCCACCAGCGACUGUGAUAUGAGCUUGUCCAGCCGAGGUGGCAGUCUGGGUUAUAUGAAAGGGAGAAGGGGGUGUAUUUAAGGAGCUUCUCCUUGGAGGGCAAUUCUGGCUGUGGCGAGACAUGAGGUGUGCUCAGUCCAGCAGCCCACAGCAAAGGAAUU